AUGGAUUACGACAUUACGAGUGUGCUCUUGAACCCGCCGGACUGUUUCGCAAAGGGGAAUAACGGUGGUCUGCGCACCUCCCAGCUUUACGAUAUGCUCGAGUUGUGGAAAUGUAUGAAGACGCUGCUGGAGGGAUACCACUACCGGACGGAACAAGCACGGAAUAAUGGGAUCUUUGAUGGUUGCACGGUAUGCAUUGACGAUGGCGAGACGGAAGAACGACUGCUGGAAGAAUGGACUUCUUACCUCUUGACCAUGGGGCCGAAGGUGGUCCUCGAGAUGGCGGAGUAUGCCAACGAUGCCGGCUCGGCAGGCUUUGCCUUGGCCAAGGUGAACGGAUGGUCACGCUGGGCGCCUCCCGCGCGCCACGCCAGCCGUCGAGACUUCCUCGACGAGCCCGUAUCUCGCUUGUACGAAGAACGAGUGGCGGCGAUGGCCCUGCAAGAGCAGGAUCCGAGUGAGGCCAAACUGAAAGAAAUCAGCCGGAAGCGAGUCGCAACACUCGCCGCGGAGAUCACGCUUGCGCGUCAAUCGAGUAGCUUCAGGCUGCGACCAGUCAUCGACAUGCAGAUGGAGCAGGCGAAAGGCGAUGUCUCGAGGUCCAACAGCACCUCUGGCAUCAUGCCUGCGCGGGGAGUGCAAACCCCAUUACACGCACGUCAAGCAGCGUUCAGGCACUCCGCGCCGCCGCAAACGAGAUCGCAGGCUGUGACGCUUUGGUCGCCGCGCCACAUCUCGCCCAUCAUCGAGGAUCGAGUGGAGACCUUCAACCGUCUGUCCCCUGUCCCGUCGGAUGUGGGACUGGCUGAGGAUCCUGUGGAGCGCGCAGUCCCUCAGAUUGUGGACAUGGGAUUCACUGCGAGUCAAGCCCGGCUGGCUUUGCGCAUGAGCGAUGCUGGAGGAAAUCUGCGGCUCGAUCGGGCUGUAGAUAUCUUGCUGAGUGGGCAAGCUUGA